AUGCAACAACCUCAAGGCUUCAUUGAUGCUUCUCAUCCUACCUUGGUCUACAAAUUGCAUAAAGCCCCUCAUGGUCUCAAACAGGCUCCCCGGGCAUGGUUUUCUAGCUUUUCUUCCUUUUUACUGUCUUGUGGUUUUAUUUCUAGUCAUUGCAACUCAUCCUUGUUUGUCAAGAAGACUGCAGCUUCUAUUACUAUUCUUCUCAUCUAUGUUGAUGAUAUCUUGUUAACUGCUAGUGAUACUUCUUAUAUAACUACUUUGAUUCAUCAAAUGCAUGGUGCCUUUGCUAUGAAGGAGCUUGGCUUGCUUAAUUAUUUUCUUAGCAUUUCUGUGUCAUCUUCUUCUAUGGGCUAUUUCUUAUCUCAGCACAAGUAUGUUUCUGAGUUGCUUGUCAAAGCUGGUAUGGCUGAAUGCAAACCAUACUCUUCCCCCAUGUCUUUUAAAUCUACUUCAUCUUCUCCCAAUGAUAAUUUGGCUUGUUCCAAUCCCUCUCUCUACAGAAGUAUUGUUGGAGGUCUUCAAUACCUCACCAUCACCAGACCAGAUCUUGCUUUUGCUGUAAAUUUUGCCUGUCAGUUUAUGCACCAACCACUUGUUCGACAUUUUGCUAUGGUCAAAAGGCUUCUCAGAUAUCUCAAAGGCACCCUUGGCUAUGGUCUUCAGUUUAGUCCUGGUCCUCUUACACUACAUGCUUUUUCAGACUCUGAUUGGGCUGGUAAUUCUCUGGAUAGAAGGUCCACUACUGGUUUCUGUGUUUUUCUUGGUCCAAAUCUGGUGUCAUGGUCUACUAAAAAGCAGCCUACUGUGGCUAGAUCCUCCACUGAGGCUGAGUAUAGGGCAUUAGCUCACACUGCUGCUGAGUUAAGCUGGCUUGGAAUGCUUCUAUCUAAUCUACAUUAUUUUUCUUCUUCUCCUACAUUGUGGUGUGAUAAUAUUUCUGCCAUCUCUCUGUCUUCUAAUCUUGUUUUUCAUGCCAGAACUAAACAUAUCGAAGUCGAUUAUCAUUAUGUCCGAGAAAGGGUAGCUGCUAAACAGCUCACCAUUUGUCAUAUCCCAACUUCUGAUCAGGUGGCAGAUAUUUUCACCAACCCUCUGUCUAUUUCAUGCUUUAAAUACCUUUAA